CUGGACACGCAUCGUGGCCUCAUAUACGCGACCUGUCCCCUCCGCUCUGUUGCGGCGCUGCAUGCCCAAACACGUGCGGAAAAGCGUGCGCCACACCGGUUACAUUUAGCUGCUGUAGACGUAGGUGUAUUUAAUCCCCGGGCCGCCGGCCGGCUAAUGACAACCACAAUGCAUGUGCUGAGUUUUGUAUUAUUUUAAGCUCUCGCACAGGCACAACAGUCGCCACCACCAGUAGAUAGACUACUCCAGCUAGCUGUAAUGGAGCAUCAGGAGCUGGACCUCGAGCUCAGCCUCCAGCCCUGCUCGGCCUCGGCGGCGGAGGCGGCGCCUCCCGGCUUCUUCGUCUGCACCUACUGCGACCGCAAGUUCUACAGCUCGCAGGCGCUCGGCGGGCACCAGAACGCGCACAAGUACGAGCGCACCCUCGCCAAGCGCCGCCGGGAGAUCGCCGCCGCCAUGCGCGCGCACGGCGCCCGGCAGGACGACGCCGACGCCGCCUCCGGGCAUCAUGAGAUGAUGAGGUCCAGGCUGGUGGAAGCGCGUCAGGUGCCUGCUGUGCACUCUGCCGCCUUGCUGCGCGGCAGGAGCAGCUCUCUGGAGCACGGCGUCGAGCGCGCCGGCGAGUCGCUGGAUUUGUCUCUGAAGCUAUGACUUUUCGUUUCUCUCCACUCCAGCUGCAUGCACGUCGCCGUUAUUGCUGCCUCUUUGCAUAUAUUAGAUUCAAUGGAACCCAUGGAGUUUGCUUGACGAUUUAUCCACGGGGCUUCAGUCGUUUCUCUUUAAUUUAUUCUCCAUUCCCAGAUUUGUUGAUUAACUUUCUCUCGCGUAUCCAAUCAAACGACUUUCGGGGUGGACAGGGUGUGGUGGUAGUGGUGGGGGUGGGGCUUCUUCCAGCUUGUUCCACUCGAUUUAACUAUGGACAACUUGUAACUUCAUAUGUUACCACGUUUUCUUGAUAA